AUGCGGGGUGUAUCCUCGGAGGACAAGAAGAAGGUCAAGGAGUUCAAGAACCAGUUGCUCUCGGCGGAAGAAUUGGAUGGUCUUGGUGAAGUUAUCGAGCUUUUGCGUCCAGCUACAGAUUUCACCCACUGGGUGGGAGGUUCCGACUACUCAACUAUCUCCCAGGUGUACGACAAGGUGCACAACCUCCUUCCGAGAGUUAUCUCCUUCCAGACUGAGACGGCACAAGACAUGCAUUUGAAACUGGAAGCCCUGAUCAAGUCUUCCUGGCCUGAGGACAAGAUCUCUGACGGCAUGCACCUGUCUAUGCAUUUCAACCCUGGAUGUGCAGGAUCCAAGAUCUGGGACCUAGAGAAUGCCCACCAAAUUGCCGAACACGCUGCAGAGGACGCUGCCUAUGCCGCCACCGAAACCGGUUGCCAUGAAAACUAA